UUAAAGGUAAACAGAAAAGUGACCAGCAGUCAAGCGAGUGCAUGCCGAUUCUAAUCGUGUGGAGUUCACGUAGGCCGUAGUUAAAUUUAAUACAUUAGUGCGAAAAGGUUAACAGUGAUAUACAAUAGCAGAACAUUAUGAUUUGGAUUAAAUGAUUCUUCGGGCACGCCACAUGGACCAUUAAACGGCAAUCAUGGUUAUUGUAACUCGAGGUGAUUACAUUUGGAUUGAACCAGUUUCGGGAGGUGAAUUCGAUGUUGCCAUAGGAGCUCGAGUUAUAACAGCCGAAGGACGACGAAUAGCAGUGCGAGAUGACGAUGCCAACGAGCAUUGGUUAUCUCCGGAGAGGAGAAUUAAGGCAAUGCAUGCGACGUCAAUACAAGGAGUCGAAGACAUGAUAGGUCUUGGAGAUCUGCACGAAGCCGGUAUUCUAAGAAACCUUCUCAUACGAUACAAUGACAAUCUCAUAUACACGUACACCGGUUCGAUAUUAGUAGCUGUUAAUCCGUACCAAAUUCUUCCAAUAUACACUGCGGAACAGAUUAAGUUAUAUAAAGAGCGAAAGAUUGGCGAAUUACCCCCUCACAUUUUCGCAAUCGGCGAUAAUUCGUACGGUAACAUGCGAAGAUAUGGACAAGACCAGUGUAUAGUAAUAUCCGGCGAAUCCGGAGCGGGAAAGACAGAGAGCACAAAGUUAAUUUUACAAUAUCUGGCUGCCAUUAGCGGGAAACAUUCCUGGAUCGAACAGCAAAUUUUGGAAGCGAAUCCGAUCUUGGAGGCGUUCGGAAAUGCGAAAACGAUUAGAAACGACAAUAGCUCGCGCUUCGGAAAAUAUAUAGAUAUACACUUUAAUAAGGACGGUGUUAUCGAAGGUGCCAAAAUUGAACAGUAUUUAUUAGAAAAAAGUAGGAUCGUUCAUCAAAACCCAGACGAACGCAAUUAUCACAUUUUUUAUUGUUUGCUUGCUGGUUUGGGCAAGGAUGAUAAAAAGAAAUUAGAUUUAGGAGACGCCAAUCAGUAUCGAUAUUUAACUGGGGGUGGCUGCAUAACGUGCGAAGGUAGGACCGAUGCGGCCGAAUUUGCUGACAUUCGAAGUGCAAUGAAGGUUUUGCUGUUUAGCGACCAAGAGAUAUGGGAAAUAAUGAAGCUUUUAGCCGCCCUUCUGCACACGGGAAAUAUAAAAUACAAAGCGACCGUGGUCGACAAUUUGGAUGCGACCGAAAUUCCCGAUCCCACAAAUGUGCAAAGGGUCGCAAGUUUAUUGGCUGUGCCCACUCAGCCGCUAAUAGAUGCUUUAACGCGUAAAACACUAUUCGCUCACGGAGAAACCGUGGUCUCAACGUUGUCACGUGAUCAAAGUGUCGACGUACGCGAUGCGUUUGUCAAAGGAAUUUACGGCCGACUGUUCAUUUUAAUAGUAAAAAAAAUUAAUAGCGCAAUCUACAGGCCGAAAGAAAGGCAGCGAACGGCAAUUGGGGUUUUAGAUAUUUUCGGUUUUGAGAAUUUCAAUCAUAAUAGUUUCGAACAAUUCUGCAUAAAUUACGCUAACGAAAAUUUGCAACAGUUCUUCGUGCGGCACAUAUUCAAGCUCGAACAGGAGGAGUAUAAUAUCGAAGGUAUCAAUUGGAGGCACAUCGAAUUCGUCGACAAUCAAGACGCAUUAGAUCUGAUCGCUAUCAAGCAACUCAAUAUCAUGGCACUCAUCGACGAGGAAAGUAAAUUUCCGAAAGGCACCGACCAAACUCUAUUAGCUAAGCUACACAAAACUCACGGAGGUAAUCGAAACUACCUCAAACCCAAGUCUGAUAUUAAUACGAGUUUUGGACUGAACCAUUUUGCCGGCGUCGUAUUUUAUGAUACUCGAGGAUUUUUGGAAAAGAAUAGGGAUACUUUUAGCGCCGAUUUACUUCAAUUAAUUACGAUAUCGAACAACAAAUUUUUGCAGCAAAUAUUUGCUGAUGACAUCGGAAUGGGGGCGGAAACACGCAAAAGAACGCCAACUUUAUCUACUCAGUUUAAAAAAAGUCUGGACUCCCUAAUGAAAACAUUGUCAAAUAGUCAACCAUUCUUCAUUCGGUGCAUCAAACCCAAUGAACUGAAAAAACCAAAUUUGUUCGAUAGGGAAUUGUGUUGUAGGCAGUUGAGAUACUCGGGUAUGAUGGAAACAAUCCGGAUACGUCGUGCGGGUUAUCCCAUCCGCCAUCACUUCAACGAAUUUGUAGAAAGAUAUCGAUUUUUGAUACCUGGUGUGCCGCCAUCUCAUCGUGCCGACUGUAGGGCGGCAACCGCAAAAAUAUGUGCUGUAGUUUUAGGUAAAUCCGAUUACCAACUGGGACACACGAAGGUAUUUUUAAAGGACGCUCACGAUUUGUUUUUGGAGCAGGAGCGCGACAGAAUGUUGACUAAAAAGAUUCUCAUCCUGCAAAAAUCGAUAAGGGGGUGGGUGUAUCGACGACGAUUCCUCAGGCUAAAAGUCGCCACGAUGAUCAUACAAAAGUACUGGAAGGGCUACAUACAAAGGCAGCGGUAUAUGAAAAUGCGCGUUGGCUACAUGAGACUGCAGGCGUUAAUUCGAGCGCGAGUUUUGUCGCAUCGAUUUCGGCACUUACGUGGCCACAUCGUCGGUCUGCAAGCCCAUUCCAGGGGGUAUUUGGUUCGUCGGGAGUACGGUCACAAAAUGUGGGCGAUUAUCAAAAUUCAGUCUCACGUACGGCGUAUGAUUGCGCAGAGGAGGUUUAAAAAGAUUAAGUUUGAGCAUAGGACGCAUAUUGAGGCUCUUAAGUUAAAGAAAAUUGAAGAGAGGGAACUCAAGGAUGCUGGUAACAAACGAGCUAAAGAAAUUGCUGAGCAAAAUUACAGGGAACGAAUGUAUGAGCUUGAACGCAAGGAGAUAGAGUUAGAAUUGGAAGAAAGGCGGCGAGUGGAGGUAAAGAAGAAUCUCAUUAACGACGCAGCAAGAAAGCAAGACGAACCCGUAGACGAUUCAAAGUUGGUGGAGGCGAUGUUCGAUUUCCUACCUGACAGUUCCAGCGAAGCGCCAACACCAGGUCGCGAAACGUCCGUAUUCAACGACCUUCCAUCACAACCGAACGAAUCUGAAAUUAUAAGCCCAAUGCAAACCGUAUCCGAAGACGAGGAGGAUUUAUCCGAAUACAAAUUUCAGAAGUUCGCCGCCACCUAUUUCCAGGGAAACAUCGGCCAUCAAUACUCGCGGAAGCCGCUCAAGCAUUCCUUGCUGCCGCUGCAUACUCAAGGAGAUCAAUUGGCUGCUCAAGCAUUGUGGGUUACCAUUCUACGUUUCACCGGAGAUCUGCCCGAACCUCGUUAUCAAACCAUGGACAGGGACAACACAUCUGUAAUGUCUAAAGUUACCGCAACUUUGGGACGCAACUUCAUAAGGAGUAAAGAAUUUCAAGAAGCCCAAAUGAUGGGUAUGGAACCCGAAUCUUACCUCAAGCACAAACCGAGGUCUAUCCGAAACAAGCUCGUAUCGCUAACACUCAAACGAAAAAACAAAUUGGGCGACGAUGUACGUAAGAAAUUACAGGAUGAAGAGUACACAGCGGAUAGUUACCAAUCCUGGUUAGAAUCUCGGCCUACCUCAAACUUAGAAAAGUUGCACUUCAUCAUUGGUCACGGCAUACUCAGGGCGGAACUGCGCGAUGAAAUUUACUGUCAGAUCUGCAAGCAGCUAUCGAACAAUCCGUCGAAAUCCUCCCACGCGCGCGGGUGGAUUUUGUUAUCUCUGUGCGUCGGUUGCUUCGCGCCUUCCGAAAAGUUUGUGAGUUAUUUAAGGGCGUUCAUACGUGAGGGACCGCCCGGUUACGCGCCGUAUUGUGAAGAUCGUUUAAAGCGCACUUUCAACAACGGUACACGAAAUCAGCCGCCAAGCUGGCUGGAGUUACAGGCGACCAAGUCGAAGAAACCGAUCAUGCUACCGAUUACAUUUAUGGACGGCAAUACGAAGACUCUCCUUGCUGACUCGGCAACGACAGCAAGAGAGCUCUGCAAUCAGUUGUCGGACAAAAUUGGUUUGCGAGAUCAGUUCGGUUUCUCCCUCUACAUUGCUUUGUUUGAUAAGGUCUCGUCGUUGGGAAGCGGAGGCGAUCACGUGAUGGAUGCGAUUUCGCAAUGUGAGCAGUACGCCAAAGAACAAGGGGCGCAAGAGCGCAACGCACCCUGGAGGUUAUUCUUCCGCAAAGAAAUCUUUGCACCGUGGCAUGAACCGACAGAAGACCAGGUAGCCACAAAUCUCAUUUACCAGCAGGUAGUGAGAGGGGUUAAAUUCGGCGAAUACCGUUGCGAUAAAGAAGAAGAUCUGGCAAUGAUUGCAGCUCAACAGUACUUUAUCGAAUAUGGAUCCGAUAUGAACGUGGAAAGGCUACUGACUUUACUUCCCAAUUUCAUCCCAGAUUACUGCUUGACCGGCGUGGAUAAAGCGAUCGAUCGUUGGGGUACCCUAGUCGUGCAAGCGUACAAGAAGAGUUACUAUUUAAAAGAAAAAGUUCUGUCAUUACGAGUCAAAGAAGACAUAGUGAGCUAUGCCAAAUUCAAGUGGCCCCUACUGUUUUCUCGUUUUUACGAGGCGUAUAGAAACUCCGGCCCGAAUUUGCCUAAAAACGACGUUAUUAUAGCGGUUAAUUGGACCGGCGUGUACGUUGUUGACGAUCAAGAGCAAGUAUUAUUAGAAUUAUCGUUUCCUGAAAUAACGACGGUAUCCAGUCAGAAAACGAACAAGGUUUUCACACAAACCUUUAGUCUAAGCACAGUUAGAGGCGAGGAGUUUACUUUCCAAAGCCCUAACGCGGAGGACAUACGAGAUUUGGUCGUGUAUUUCUUGGAGGGUUUAAAGAAAAGGUCGAAGUUCGUCAUCGCGCUUCAGGAUUAUAAGGCGCCGGGCGAGGGGUCGAGUUUUUUGACGUUCCAAAAGGGCGACUUGAUCAUUUUGGAGGAGGAUAGUACCGGAGAGACUGUAUUAAAUUCUGGUUGGUGCGUGGGGAGAUGCGAACGAACUCAAGAGAAGGGAGAUUUCCCUGCUGAAACUGUGUACGUUCUUCCAUGUAUGUCAAAACCCCCUGCUGAUAUUCUACAAUUAUUUGCAGUUGAUGGAGCAGAACAUGGACGAAAAUUAAGUCAACAGUACGCGGUUAACGGAACGGAUUCAAGCGAUAGGCCCCACACCUUAAUCGAAUAUGCCAUGGAUCAUUUUAGAUCACCCGCAAAGCGUACCAUGUCGAAAGCAUUAACGUUAACUUCAGGUAGGCGAAAUCCUGACGAUUUAUGGCGGCACACGAGGGAUCCUAUAAAACAACCCCUACUAAAAAAAUUGUUGGCGAAGGAGGAACUCGCCGACGAAGCCUGUUUUGCUUUCAGCGCGAUUUUGAAGUACAUGGGCGAUUUGCCCAGCAAACGGCCACGUUUAGGAAACGAAUAUACCGAUCACAUAUUCGACGGUCCGUUAAAACACGAAAUAUUGCGCGACGAAAUUUAUUGCCAAAUCAUGAAACAGCUGACUGAUAAUCGAAACCGUUUGUCGGAGGAACGCGGAUGGGAGUUGAUGUGGUUAGCGACCGGGCUUUUUACAUGUUCGCAAAGCUUACUGAAAGAGCUGACCUUAUUUCUUCGCACCCGAAGGCAUCCCAUUUCCCAAGAUUCUCUCCAAAGGUUACAGAAAACCCUCCGUAACGGUCAGCGAAAAUAUCCUCCUCACCAAGUCGAAGUGGAGGCUAUUCAGCACAAGACCACGCAAAUAUUUCAUAAGGUUUAUUUCCCCGAUGACACGGAUGAAGCUUUCGAAGUAGACUCGAGCACACGAGCCAAAGAUUUCUGUCAAAAUAUUAGUCAAAGGCUUAGUUUAAGGUCGAGCGAAGGUUUUAGUUUAUUUGUAAAAAUAGCGGAUAAAGUCAUUUCUGUACCUGAAGGUGAUUUUUUCUUUGACUUCGUGCGGCAUUUAACCGACUGGAUUAGGAAAGCGAGACCGACGCGUGAGGGAAUAACGCCACAAUUUUCAUACCAGGUGUUCUUCAUGAAAAAAUUGUGGACGAACACGGUACCAGGCAAAGAUCGUAACGCAGACUUUAUAUUUCACUUUCACCAAGAGCUUCCUAAACUAAUUCGCGGAUACCACAAGUGUUCUAAGGAGGAGGCGUGUAAGCUGGCAGCGUUAAUAUACAGGGUACGGUUCGGCGAAAGCAAGCAGGAACUUCAGGCUAUUCCGCAAAUACUACGCGAGUUAAUACCGGCAGAUCUAGUUAAACUUCAGAACGCCAACGACUGGAAGAGGCAAAUUGUCGCUGCCUACAACCAGGAUGGUGGGAUGAGUCCUGAGGACGCAAAGAUCACUUUCCUGAAGGUUGUGUACAGAUGGCCGACAUUCGGAUCUGCCUUUUUCGAAGUUAAACAGACAACCGAUCCAAACUAUCCUGAAAUGUUACUAAUCGCAAUUAAUAAACAUGGCGUUAGCUUAAUACAUCCACAGACAAAGGAAAUACUGGUGACCCAUCCAUUCACAAGAAUAUCCAAUUGGUCUUCCGGCAACACAUACUUCCAUAUGACAAUAGGCAACUUAGUCAGAGGCUCGAAGUUGCUUUGUGAAACAUCAUUAGGAUACAAAAUGGACGACUUGUUAACGUCCUACAUCUCGCUUAUGCUCACAAACAUGAAUAAACAAAGAAGUAUGAGGAUAAAAUAGAUCCCGUUACGUUGUUCAAUUGUAAAUUAAUUAUAUCUACUAUAAAUAAUUUAAACGAAAACAUGAUAUAUUGUACUUAUAGGGUUAAGGAAUCCGUCCAUUUUCUAGCGAUAUAUUUUUAUAAUUGUUAUUUAAAUAAAUUCAUGAGAUUAUUUUCAGUAAGUAAUUUAAUUCCUUUUCUCUUUUCUAAGGAAUGUAAUUAGGUAUACAAAAUGAGUAGAAUUUUAGUCGAUUCACUUGAAGAGCUAGAGGAAAUUCUAGUCAUUUCUGUAUUUAAAAAAUUUACUAAGGAGAAACAUCACACAUACACAUAGAUUUUUUUUAUAUUGUAAAAAAUGUACAGGUAUAGAAGUAAAAAUGAUUAAAGGUU